AUGCGACGGGAGUUUAUUGUUCUUGGGACCCGCAUCCUGACCCAGCACCUGUCUGUGUUUAAGCCCUUCAAACAUGUUGUCGUUCACCACAUGCCACAUCAAUAUUCUGAAGACAUGUCUAAGUGCUCCACAGAUUAUCCUCUUGGACUGCUGUUCAAAGAUGAGAACAAAACGUCAGAUUUGGUGGACACACUUCGCCACAUCCAGAAAGAGUAUGUGCCAAAAGGACCCAAUGGUGUGUCAAAUGUAUUGGUAGGAGGUGACCGGCUGACUGAGGGGAACUGCAGAAACUUGCAGUGGGCCUUCUCAGAUGGUGCUACAAAAGAAGACAGACUGGAAGGUCUCGUCUUUAAGUUUGAGGACUGGCAUGCCAUCAGAAACCUCUUUGAAAUCUAUCAUCGGAUAUUCUAUGACUGCACAUCCUCAAAAGAUCAUGGAACACUUCAUUCCAACAUGACAAAAUUGAGGUGCAGUAAUGCCAAACAAGGUCCCCAUGCCGCUUACAAUGCCUAUAAGGAAUUUGUGCGGAAGGACACGGCUGCACUCUUCCUGGCAGCUGCAAUGGAGCACUGGGGGCUGGAGGAUGUAACAGGCUUGGGACCAAACCUGUCUGAAACAUCAGCAGCCAGGAUCAGUAAGUCCAUUGGCAUCCUCAAGGAGCUGUUGGAAAACACAGACACAGAGCUGGAGUUCAUCUCCAAAACCAGUGCAGGCUGUGUCAACGGUGUAAAGUGGGACGUUAUGGUCCUGAAGUAA